AUCUAUUGUUUUGAGCAAUUAGAGUACCCUUGUUUUGCUGAAGAGAAGAAUAGGAAGAUGAUCAAAAUAUCAAUAAAGGGUAGCUUGAUAUGUAACAAUCCUAAAUGUGUCUCUAUAAAGCAUGGUCGAUCUACCAAGUCUCAGGAUGCCCUCUCGUAUCUUGCAAUAGGCCUAUCUGAAUUGACCUUGUGCUUUCUCGGAGUACCUAUCCUCUACUUCUCCCAAAAUUAA